UCGAUCUGGCAGUUGCUUCUCAGCAUUCUUGGCCUCUGGUUCGACUUUCAGUUCAGACCCGAACAUAUCAGAAAAUAAAGACCGAAUAAAGACCGCAGAACAGGGGAACGGAAGACAGAAUACAGAACACAGAAGACAGAAAAAAACUGAAAAUAACAAAAAUCCAUUUCUAUAUACCCCGAGAUCGAGAUCGAGAUGUGUAUAUGAAACGCAGUUCCUGCUCGUAGACCGGUCGUCCGUCCGUAGCAUCUCGUUGUGUUUCACCGUUCCAAAGUUCAGUGAAGUGGACAAAAACAAAAGAAUCGAGGGCGGAGUAUCCUGCGUGGGGAAGAAGAUAUCGAACCACGAUUUGUUGUAAUGGUGCACAGGCGCUGGAUUUUCUGUGAGAGCGGCGAGGAUCCAAACUUCAGAAAGGAGCACUACGAGUACACCCAAAGCCAGCACCGAUAAAUACAAGUCGUCUUUACCCCAAAGAAGUCCAUUCAA